AUGUCUCCCACUGCCUUCUGCCUCUGCCAUCUGGCAAGCCUGGACUUGGUCUUUACUCACCUCGCACCAUCAACCAAGGCAUUGAAGGGCCUCCUGCAAGGUGCUGCUUCCAUCUCCCGGAAUAAAACUUACGCCAAGCCAAAAACGUACGCCAAACUGUGGAAAGUGUUAUACAUCACUGAAGGUAGCAUUGUGACGAUUGCGAUUCUGUUUAUCCAGGCGAAGGCAGGCACACCGUACCACAAGGCGUUACUCAAAUUCUACAACAACAUCAUCUUCAAGGCACAAACGGACAAUAACACAGUGGCGCUGAUCAACAACGACGACAGCAGCGGCCUCGAGGAAGCAUUCACCAGGCUCACCCUCACCCCAAGCACCAGCACCCCAGGCCAAGCCAGCCACUCUGGUGCUCAUGCAGAGUGCCGUGCUGACUCAACUAUCAACACCGCAGGUUCAAUGUCACAUCAGCCUCAAUCCAUGACGGCUGGACCCUCGCAACCCAUCGUUCAAGAGGUGGCACGACCCGCUAACCUAAGAAGGGGAGGAAGGCACGGGCACCUGCGAAGGGAUCAGCAACAGUGA